UCACGAUGUUCUUUAUCCUCACGAUGAUACUAGUUCUAAUUUUAAUAUACCACUGUAUAUUGAAACCAUUGACAUUUUGGCGUGAAGUAGGCGUAAAGCAAGAAGAUCUAUAUUCUGCUUUUACCUUCAACUGGUUUGUUAUGUUUCAAAAAAAUACCUUGGCCGAUAUCAUGAGUUUGAUGUACAAAAAAUUUCCUGAUUGUCGAUAUUAUGGAACUUAUCAGUUUAACAUACCGUCUCUGAUAAUAAAAGACGUCGAUCUGGUGAAACAAAUCACUAUCAAGGACUUUGAACACUUCAGUGAACAUCGACAUAUGGCUGAUGAAGAUGCAGAUCCCUUGUGGGCCACUAAUUUGUUUUCACUGAAAGGGGUGAAAUGGAGAAGAAUGAGAUCAAUUCUAAGUCCCUCGUUCACGAGUAGCAAGAUGAAAAUAAUGUUCUCUCUCAUUAGCGACAAUUCUCAAAAGGUUGCAGACUACUUUUUGAGUAAGAACACAGACAUUGUGGAAAUAGAAAUGAAGGAAGUUGCCACAAAGUAUUGUACUGACGUUAUAGCAUCCACAGCCUUUGGUCUGGAAGUACAUUCAUUAGCUGACCCAGACAAUGAGUUUUAUAAAAAUGGUGCAAAGUUGGCAAAUUUGAACAAUUUCCGAAAAAUGGCGAGUUUUCUUAUUAAUAUGUUCUUUCCGAAAAUCGCAAAGCUGUUCAAUAUUCGAAUCGUUAACGUCGACGUUGGAGAAUUUUUUAAAAAUAUAGUAGACGAUACAAUCAAGUUUAGAGAAGAAAAAGGCAUCUAUAGACCAGAUCUGAUCCAGAUACUUUUAGAUGCAAGAAAAAAAUUCCCUGAUCAUGGUCAAACGAACGGAACAAGUUAUGAUGGGAAUGGAGUUGAUUCGCCACCUGAAAUAACUAGUCGAGAUAUUCUAGCACAGGCUCUGGUUUUUUUCUUUGGUGGAUUCGACACAAGUUCUGGUUUUAUAAGCUUGAUGGGCCAUGAGUUAUGUACAAAUCAAGACGUUCAGAAGAAACUACGACAGGAAGUCAUAGAAACUUUUGAAAAAUGCCAGAAUGGACUGACUUACGAUGCGUUGGUUGACAUGAAAUAUAUGGAUAUGGUACUUUCUGAAACACUACGGAAAUGGCCAAACAUGCCAGUAGUAGAAAGAGUAUGCACCAAACCUCUCACGAUUCCACCAGUUCUUCCACACGAGAAGCCACUUCAUAUCAAAGUUGGCCAACUGAUCACCAUCGUAUCCUAUGGGUUCCACCGCGACCCAAAGUACUUUCCAAACCCGGAAGUUUUCGACCCAGAGCGAUUCAGUGCAGAAAAUAAAGAAGAUAUCAAGCAAUAUACUUAUAUACCUUUCGGUUUAGGACCGAGGAAUUGUAUUGGAGCCAGAUUUGCGUUGAUGGAGACGAAGUUAUUCUUUUUCUAUAUUUUAAAGAACUUUAAAAUUGUACCAACUAAUAAAACUGAAAUACCUCUUGUGAUAGUGCUAUUUCUUUUGAUUCAAGCUGGGAGAGGAGUGAGCUAUGCUAUUGCUAAAUCACUAUGUUGUAACAGGCGCCGCUAUCGUGCUGCCAGUAUAAUUUUAUCGAAAAAACCUUGUGCUAGAGCAGUAAUAAUGUUUUGGAUUCUGGUGGCAGUGUUGCUGGCAACACUGUUUUACUACUUCUGCUAUAAACCUUCGAUGUAUUGGAGGGAACAUGGAGUGAAACAAACUGAUUUUCCUAAUGUUUUGAUAGACAAUUAUUUUGGUAUAUUCACACAACGCCCACUGGUCCAGUUCAUAUCUGACCUUUAUAAUAGAUUUCCGGGUACAAGGUACAAUGGUCUAUACCAGUUUAACAGGCCAGCUCUAAUUGUCACAGACGUGGAUUUGAUUAAGCAGAUGCUUAUUAAAGAUUUUGAGCAUUUUAAUGAACAUCGUGAUUUUGCUAGCGAAGAAGUUGAUCCAUUGUGGUCAAAAAAUCUCUUUUCUUUAAAAGGCAACAAAUGGAGAAGUAUGCGAUCUACCCUUAGCCCUUCGUUUACUAGCAGUAAAAUGAAAGGAAUGCUCUACCUAAUAACAAAUGUAGCCGAUAAGUUCACCCAACACUUCCUCAACCAGGACAAAGACCUCAUCGAGAUCGAAAUGAAAGAACUGGCUAGUCGAUAUGGAACAGAUGUGAUAGCAUCGACAGCUUUUGGACUCGAAGUCGAUUCUUUGGCAAAUCCCAAUAACGAAUUCUUUUUAAAAGGAAAAGAGUUUUUGGAUUUGAGGAACAUAAAAGUGAUGGCAAGAUUUAUAGUAGCAAUGUUUUUACCAAAAAUAGCGAAGUUGUUUAAUAUCAAAUUUCUUGUGCCGUCCAUUGAAAAGUUCUUUACAAAAAUAAUAAAAGAUACUAUUAAACUGAGAGAAGAAAAAGGGCUAGUGAGACCAGAUAUGAUUCACCUUUUAUUGGAAGCUAGAAAGGGAAAUAUACAUUCUGAAGAUCAGAAUAUUGUUGAUGCAGGAUAUGCGAUAGUGGAGGAACAUCUGAAAGCUGAUAAGACUGCCGAAAUAACUGAUGAUGACAUUAUCGCUCAAGCUUUUGUUUUUUUCUUUGCCGGUUUUGAUUCAAGUUCUACUCUUAUAAGCUUCUUAGCAUACGAACUUUGUGCCAAUCAGGACAUUCAAGAAAAACUCAGAGAUGAAGUUAAAGACACAUUGGACAGCUGUAACGGAAAACUCACCUAUGAAGCACUUGUGAACAUGAAGUAUAUGGAUAUGGUUGUUACAGAAACCUUACGAAAAUGGCCAGUUCAGCCAGCAAUUGAAAGAGUAUGCACUAAACCGUAUACCAUAGAACCCACUUUACCUGAUGAAACACCAGUUCAUUUUAAAAUAGGAUCCUCAAUGAUAAUCCCAACUUACGGAAUACACCAUAACCCGGAUUACUUUGCAGAUCCAGAUAUCUUCAAUCCUGAAAGAUUUAGCGAUGAAAAUAAAUCAGAUAUUAAACCAUACGCCUUUCAACCAUUUGGAGUAGGUCCAAGGAACUGCAUCGGUUCCAGAUUUGCAAUUUUAGAAACGAAAGUUCUGUUCUUCUAUAUUUUGAAGCACUUUAGUAUUGUCCCUACAGAGAAGACCGUAAUACCUGUUAAGAUGGUCAAUAAUGUUUUUUCUCUAAUGCCUAAAGAUGGAUUCAAUAUGGGAUUUAAACGUAUUUAAGUUAUUUUUAUCGUUGUUUCAUAUAUAGGGUGAGGCAGAUAACUGGCCUAUUAGAAAUAUCUCGAGAACUAAAGGCAACAGAAUCAUGAAAAUUGGAUUGAAGCGGUUUUGAAGGAUGAUCUAUUAAAUGAAAAUAUUUUCAUCUCUUUUCAACUUCCGGUUAUACCGGAAACUUCGUUUUUUUAAAUGAGACACCCUGUAUAUUUUUACAUUUUUGGAUUCUCCUCAAUAUCUUCUUUCUUAAAAUAUGAGGUUUUGUAAUAUUAUACAGGGUAUUUUAAAAGAUAUUUACGUUUUUUUAUUAAUUUCGGAGCAAUAUUCACACCCUGUAGAAUUGUAAUAGUUUUACAUUAAAAAUUCUGCUUACGUUCAAGUGAUUUUUAAUAUAGUCUACUAUUGUUAAGAAUCAUUAGUAUAGCUAAUUUUAAAAUUUUAGGGUUGGUCGAAACUUGGAAUGAAUAUUUUCUGAGUUUUCUUUGUUGAGUUUAGUAUUGUAAUGAAAUGAUAUUUUAUAGUACUUUUUUAUUUUAUAAGUAUUCCCUAUACCUAAUUGCUUUAAUUUGUGAGUUAUUGGUGAUUCAAGCUAAACAUUAAUUGCAACAAAAAAUACGUAAAAUUUUAUUAGGUUGGCCGUAAAAAAAUUCAGUCACAAAUAAUUUUUCAGAAAUAAAUACAUAUUAAUCCAGACUGAUCCUUAAAAUUACCAAUAAUGGUUUAGCAAUCAAAAUACCUACGUAGUUAAGAUUGUUGGUGCGAUUAACAAUUAAGCACAAAUUAAAGCAGUUAGGUAUAGAAAAUGCUUAAGAAAUAAAAAAGAACCAUAAAAUAUCCUUUCACUACAAUACUAAAAUACAGGGUGUUCCAUUUAAGAAAACUCAGAAAAUACUCAUUCCGAGUUUCGACCAACCCUGUAUACUGAAAUUAAAAAUUUAGCUAUACUAAUGAUUAUUAACAAUAGUAGACUAUAUUAAAAAUCAUUUGAACGUAAGUUACAGUUUUAGAUAUCAAACUUUUACAAUUGUACAGGGUGUGAAUGUUGCUACGAAAUUAAUAAAAAAAACGCAAUUAUCUUUUAAAAUACCCUGUAUAACAUUACAAAACCUCAUAUUUUAAGAAAGAAGACAUCGAAGAGAAUCCAAAAAUUUAAAAAUAUAUAUUGUGUCCCAUUUAAAAAAACGAAGUUAUAAGCAACUUCCUGUAUAACCGGAAGUAGCAAAUAGAUGAAAAUAUUUUCAUUAAAUAGAUGACUCUUCAAAACCCCUAAAUCCAAAUUUUCAUUAUUCUGUUGCCUUUAGUUCUCGAGAUAUUUCUAAUAGGCCCUUUAUUUGCCUCACCCUGUACACACCCAGUAAACUUUGUAACGCUUAACGAAUUAAUAAUAAUAUUAGUGAUAAGCUUUGUCUAUUACUAAAUAAAAUAUUUUUAGUAUAA